CAGAGACAGUCCCUGCCCAACGACGGGCUCACAGUCCGAUGAAGGCUCUGCCCAGAAAGUGCUCAAAUACGGUGUUGAGACAGGGUGAUUUAGUGGGAAGAGUGUGGAUUUGGGAGUCACAAUCUGGAUUCUAUUGCCAGCUUUUCUGCUGUGUGUCCGUUGUAAAAUGGGGGUUGAAAUACCGGGAUGUGAGGACAGUUUGAGAUAAGGAGUAUGGAAGCACUUUGGAAAAAUGAGAGCAGGCUACCAAAAUCCUGUUUUUGAAUCCUUUGUAUGUUGCCAAAAAUCAGCCCUGAACUCCCAGAGGAAAAACGUAAUUAUUCCUCAGUUUUGUAGGGGAAGCGACGUACCGCUCACUUCAAGAGAAGUUGUUUCCUGGGUACCUGCGUAGCCACUGUACAAACUGGUUUUCUUCCAAAACUGGCUCGUACUUGAGCGACUGAAUCUAGCAUAUUUAAAGGUCAUGGGAGAUCGGGGGAAAGAGCUAGAGCGAGAAUAAGAGGCACGAGAAGGAGAGUUCUUCUUUGAGAGACUGCCACUGGAAGGUUUUGCAGGAGAAGUUGCCAACCUAGAUGCCUGCAGAGACUGGGCCCAUCGAGAAGAAAGAUGUCCAGCAUCUGAAAUCCUUGAAGGGUAAUGCCAAGAUGUUUAAGAAAACUAAGGCAGCUAAAGAGACCUCUGCUUCUUCAGCACUAGGUGCUGGAAGGCAAGGGGUUGAAACCUCUUCGGGAGUUGAGUGUGAUAGCAGUGUGAUGGUGCUGAAUCAGGAGCAGUCUGGCCUUAGCGUGUCCAGUAGCAGGAGAGGGUAUUGCAACUGUUGUCACGUGCAUUACAAUAACCUGCAACAGCACAUUUUCAGCCCUGAGCAUAGACGCUUUGCCACAUACUGCAGGCGCCAGGUGAGCACGACUAGUUUGAUGGAGCGCUUCCUGCAGGAUGUUUUGCAGCAUCAUCCUCAUCAGUAUCAGGACAGCAGGCCAACUUAUGAUGACAUACCACUUAACAGCCACCAGUUUCCUUCUGAGGAGGCUCAGUGUGAAGGUGGCCGGCUUGCAGAGGAGAGGGCAGAGAAGGAGCCUCUUGGUACUAAAUGGGAGAUACCCACCAAAGACUUAAAGUCUGCUGCACAGUCCCAUCCCUCUCCUCCGUGUACAUCCCAGGAGGCCCUGAAAGGAACUUUCCUUCAGCCGCCUGGCUCCCCAAGGCUGGAAGACCGACGGCGAUCCUCUGCGAGACUUCCCCGAGAAACGGGGUGCAGCUGGAGGAGAGUAAAGAAGUGCAUUCCAGCCGAAGGUGCUCAGACCACACCCAGUAGCCAUAAAGUCCUUUUUAAACUGGCCAUUCCAGGACAUCUCAGUACUCCUCUUAGUCCUGUACCUCACUGUUUGCCUCUUAGCUCAGCCAGGACAGAAGCUACUGGGACAUCAUUAGCCUCCGUUUUGAUCUCAGAAAACAAGCGAGAACCAAACCAGGUGAAUAUAUGCAAAAGAAAGCCUAGUCCCCUGGCCUCGUCACUCCACCCAGAAACACUUUCAGUUUCCCACCGGAGCCCCGCCUUUAGCCAAGGGAACACUUUAUUUAGGAACUCAGGUAAAUCUAUGUUGAAGCAAGAUGGUUUACAAUCUCAGGGUAAAACUGUAGAGGCUGACCUCCGUCUCAGGGAGCACUUGGGUCCCGGAGGCGACCGAAGCUUUGGGCCACUCCUCAAACCAGCAGCAAAUUCAGAAUUGAAGCCACGUAGCGGUGGUGCCACCUCGGUGGACGAAAUUAUCGAAGAAGUCAUUCUAAAGCACUGCUAUGGAAUUCAGCCUACUGUAGAACCCAGCCAAGAGGAGGGACAUUCCUUUUUGAAUAGGUUGGCCUUUCCAGAGGGUCAGAAUUCAGAGGAUUCUGAAAUGAGUUUUGAUUUUGAUGUGCCUCUUCGGUCAGUCACUGGUCAAUCCACAAUGACGGUUAAAGAAAUAGGCCUUUUGAAGGAGGAACAGGUGAAACUGGACGAUAAGAACUAUGAAUCCCAGCUUAGCUCUGUGCUGCUCAGCAUGGGUUCACUUGAGGAAAAAGAAGACUCCAAAGUGAAGACGGGGGAUUGCUGCAGUGAAGUUGUUCUUCCGGAUUUGCCUCACGUGCCUCCGUCCUUUGUGGGAAAAACAUGGUCCCAGAUAAUGUAUGAAGAUGAUUUGAAAAUCGAAGCUCUGGUGCGGGAUUUCAGGGAGGGCCGUUUCCGCUGCUACUUUGACGACGAGCAUAAAAUGAGAAAUGGGACCGCAAGAGCUAGGAAAGGUAAGCAGAAAGAUGAAAGAAAAAGAGAGACUCAGAAAGACCUCAAAUUAGAGACUGCCACAGCUUCUGCCCUGCCUGACUUUCCUGAUGCCGUAAGUGGUAGUUCUGAUGGUGAUAACCCGCCGGCGGCCUCAGACGCGCUAUGCAAUCCUCCUCCUCCUCCUCCUCUUCCUCCUCCUCCUCCUCCUCUUCCUCCUCCUCCUGCUCCUGUCAGGCAUCCUCUGAAAAGAACGUGGCGCCUGGCUUCGCGAUGUCAAGUGGUUAAAGUGAGCCACGGCACUCAAACCAGUCUAGUGAAUUGCCCGGUGGUCCAAAGAAAAACGAUCCGCAAACGGCAGGAUCCGCUUGCAGAAAAGACAGAUCUUUGGUUGGAGAAUGACAGGACGCCAAAUAUGAAAACCAGACUUUGUGCGCUCAAGCUUCCCGAAUCCUACUCCAAAAUUUUGAGCCCCAUACAACCCAAGACAGUUGUCUAUGUUCUCUCUUGCCCGGAGGCUAAGCAGGGAAGGGGUAAACCUACCAACAGUUCAAAAGUGAGGCGCAGCCACAACUCCUCAGAUAGCAAGGAUUCUGUAAAAUACAAGUAUAAACAGUGCUCUUUUAAGUAUUAUGACCCUCUGACCAAUCGAAUUCUGAAAAGACCGCCCAAGAGCCCAGCACGAGAAAAAGCCAAAAAGCCUGCCCAUGUUCGACAGUUAUUCAGGAGUCUCAGCCUAGAUGCCAACCGGAAGAAAGACAAUGAUUCGGAGAGGGCACGCACACCACCCAGCCAGCCUUAUGAUUGGUCAACCUUCUGUAGCUCCACUUCAGCAUCUUUCCUGCCAGAGUCUGUUAAAGGAGGUGAUUUCUCUUCGAGUCCAGACACCAGUGGAUCUUCAGUUUCUACAGAAGGACCGGAGAUUGGGAAUUCUGGUCAUUCAGAGAAGUCUUAUCAGCACUUUACUCUCUCACCUUUAAAUUCCAGCCAGGCCCUGACAGAAAGUGAUUUCAAAUUGACCGCCUUUAAUCAAAGUGCUGCCAGUUCGUCGAAGCGGCCCUUCCGAAAAGCAGGGUUGCAGAGGGCACAUCCAAAGCAAUUAAGAAGGAGGAAAGAAGGAACCGGUAAGGAGCCGAGUUAUUCUAAGAAGUCCUCCGGACCCGUGACUCUCAGCCCAAGGAUCUCUAGAAAACAGAUACCCCAAACCAGGAGUAAACAGAUGAAAGAAAUGGAGAAAACUCCCUCUUCAACUCCAAAGUCAACUGCCUUCUCUCCCGCUGGCCAUCAAUCUAGAAAAACUGUCAUAGAAAAGCACCUUAAGAAGGAGAAACCUGAUGUCAAAAAACUGAAAAGGAGGAAGAGGCUCAAGAAAGCAUUUCCGAAUCCUACAGACACUUCGCGUGUGGCCGAAAGGCAGCCGAAAAACCCAGCUAGUUCUGCCCGGAAGCGUUCCGAGUGGAAAUCUUCCAAAAUGACCAAGUGGGAAGUGAGUGGUGAUGAUAAUAUUCUCCCCAACCGGGAAAGAUGAGUCUCUAGAAGAAGAGUUACUCUCCCUGUUUUGGGAAGUUUAACUCACUCUCCUGGGAGACUGCUCACCCCCCACUGACCAAAAUCUUACUUUGCCAAUGGUUGGGGACACAGUGAAGAAAGAGAAUGUGACCUGAGGUUUUUGCGGCAAGUCUUUGAGACUUCAGAACCUCCGCUAGAAUGAACUUGAACCUGAUAAGCUAGUACAAAUGACAGCCCAGUCUCGCAUCCGAGUGAUGGGAACAUUACACAUUGCACUGUUUUUGCUAAAAUGUUGUUUUACAAGUUUUGUAUUUGUUUCAAUUUAGCACGUAGGGCCCUAUUUUCUACCCUAUUUUCUAGUUUUCAAUGCACUCUUCCCCCUUCCAUCCGUCCUUUUCUGCAGAAAAAAAAAAUACUGACACCGUCUCAAUUAGAUUGUCGUACAAAUUUGUCCCCUCUCAAAAAAGGUUGUCCCACUUGGACUCAUUCUAUGAGUCACACCCAUUUCGUCCUCAUGUUGUAAUUACAGAAUAUAAAAAUGAAAAUUAACAAACAUAUCAAAACAUGAAACGCUCUCAGUAUUUAUCAGUCAGUCGAUUGACAGCAAAGUUUAAAUACAAGCGUGAAUGUUGGGGUGUGUGUAUGUGUGUGUGUGUGUGUGUGUGUGUGUGUGUUUGUGUACGUGGAGAAUAUCAUGAACUCUUUAGGUAAAAGUUAGAAGAAUAUUGCCAGUCAACACUAAAUGGAAGUGCAAUACUGUUCCAUUAUGGGCCUUGAGGAGUGAGUUAAGAGGUGAACUAAUCCAUUCCCCUGCCUUCGGGAGAGCUGUGAUCUCAUGCCUAGAUAGAUGUAACUCUGUCCUCCUUGUAAAAUCCUUGAGACAGAUUCCACAGCUUCCCUUUGGGAUCCCAUUCCAGUGUUUUAACAACUGUUUCUAGCAGACAGUUCCCUCAUGUAAUUCAUGCUACCACCUCACUUAAAUUUAGCCAAACGUAUUAUUAAUUUCCAACAACACAAUUUUCAGACAGAUGUCUUUUACCCAAGGAUCAAAGUGAAAAAAAAAAUUAAAUGCCACUGAGAAUUGGAGGCUUUAGCAGCAGUUUCCAAUUUGUCAACCUGCUUUUUGAUAUUUCAGUGUUAUUGCCUUAAUCAGAUUUUAGAGGAAGGCUUUUUAACGGAAAACUCCUACUAUAUGAGAUGUAUUGCUAGCAAAUAUAAUUUUCAGGCUAUUGGAUAAAGAAAUAUAUAUAUAAAACCUCUUUAGUAGUCCAAAACUGGACUUAGGUCCACAUGAAUAUUAAACUCUGUUCUAGCCCAGUGAUGUUAUAUUCAGUUAUUCAUUGGUACUCCUAAUUAGCUCUAGUAAGUAACACUGGAUUUGGGCUGUGAAAUGUAAAAUCAUUUGUGCAUGUUCUUCUGUGUAAAUAGGGCUCUUCGUCAGGGUGAAUUUUAAAAAUAAAGAUUGACUUUAUUUAAGUAAUAAAUGAAAUAAUGAUAUAUUUUAUUUUAGUACCAGUAUGAAAACUAACUAUACUAUUUUUUUAAGAGACAGGUAGUCCAAGGGUACGUCUGAGUCCACUUGCGGUUUUGAGGAUGUUUUGAUAACUAAACUCAUUGCUCGUCGGGUGUCUUGGUUACAACUAUUUGGAAACCUUUUCUAGUAAUGCUCAGAGACUAAAAGGAUAACAGAAAUCAGUUGCAUCUUAAAAUGGAUUGGAACAGUAAGAAAAUAGUAAGACAGACAAAUCGUAAAAAGCUGCUAACAUUUAUAUUGGAGUAGAAAUACACAGCCCAGGUUUAUGGGGGUUAAAAUGUGUUAAAAGUGAUACGAUAUUCAGUGGAACCAAAGAGCAGUAAAGUAGUGAAAGUGAGCACAGUGGUUAGUUUUGAAGGGUAAGAUAAGUACCAAGGAAGUACUUCCAAAACUGCCAUUAUUUUGGGCAGUUUACAAGGGUAAUGGUCAGUAAAGGGAACAGGAGGUGGCCCCAUACUGGUCAGACGCUAAAAGUCCAAACUUGGGGGUUAAGAUUCCCAGAGUAAUUAAUUUUCAUUCCUUCCCCUCCAGUAGAGAAUGUAUUAGAAAAGAAGAUAAAAACGAGUACUCCAAAAUGAUAAACGUUGAAAGCAAAAUAAUUUGGAGAAACAAUCUCAAAUCUGUUGUGGGGAAUUUGUACCAAAAUGCCAAUUUAAGCCUAUAUCCUUGAAGCUGUAUUAACCAGUGUAUUCAGUUAGGAGAAGAAGCUUUGAGAAAGGGAAGCAUAUUCACUAAGUUGUAACUCAUGUUCGUUUAUGUGGCUUUUUAAGGCAGCACCCAGAUGAUUUCAGGGGCUUUACUGCCUUCUGAAGAAUACGUAUUCGGGCGACUGUUUAUAGAAGUUAAAUCAUUAAACCACUACACAUUGCUUCCUUCCUGAUAUUCAUCACUAAAUUGGAUCCACUACAGAAUAAAUUGCCAGCAUUUUUGCCAUUAAUGGUUCACUGCUACUUUUCCAGUAUUUAAAAUCCCCAACUCUCUAGGCAUUUUCUCUUCUGCGUAUUCUACGUGAUUAAAUGGGGAAGCUAUUGUGUUUUAUGGGUGGUGGGUUUUGCUGCAAGCAUUCAUUGAGAUUUUUCUUAAAACACCAGUGAAGUAUUUACUACUCAACCAAUGAGUAGGGAAGUCAUGUUAUCCAUGUGAGAGAUUCUUUGACGUAAUAAGAAGAAAUUCUCUCGAUUGCUUAGUCUCUAGUCGCUGACCCAGUGAGGAUACCCACCUCUGCUCCAAUUUAGGCUGUCUAAUUUAGGGUUUGAAAGUAACACUCCUGUUCCCAGCUAUUCCUUUCAAAAUUGAAAUGGUCUCAUAAAGUGCUUUCCCAUUUUCAAACCCACAUUUUAGACCUUCAUCUCCUUGAAGUAGACUGGGGCUGUGUCUCAACUAGCUAAAUCAAAUCCCCCUCUUAGAAAUAAAGUCUUUAUUGAUUUGAAAGAAAAAACAUCCUUUUGAUGUGCAUAUGAAUGGCAGUCCCUUUAAAUAGUGGGUAAAAUUGCCCAAGCCAAUUUAAAGAUUUACCUCACUGUGAAAUACACCGACACUGCUACACGUUUGAAAUUGAGUUGUAGAUUUAGCUGUAACUAUAUGCAUUUUUCUAAUGGGUCGUGUGUCAAGCAAGGAAAAACAAAGUCUUAGAAGGGUCAGUGGAAAAUUGAUCUACGUUUUCACUCUGGCCUGUAAUUCCCCUUUCCUUUUAACUUAGUUUCACAGAUUUCAGUUGGAGAAGGAUAAAGAGUGCUGCCUAAAGCAAAUCCUAUCUUUUCUCUUUCUAGCUAUUCCACAAAUCAAUUUUUCAAAUAUGUUCGUUCGCCAUCCUUUUCAUCCUUUACCUCAAAUUCUUUGAUGUUUCCUUUCAAAUGCUUUCACCACUGGUCUAAUGUUUUCUGAGUGUUUAUGAUGCAAUACUUAAUUUCAAACUGUGUUUUUUUAAAUACCUCCUGCUUUAUUGGUAAGUUUAUGUUUAACUUCUCAACCUUCUUUCCCAUAUGUUUUCAUUUGUAAAUCCCUCUAUUCUCCAUUUAUCUGUUUCAAACCCCAGCUCUUUAGAGGUAAAUUGUAACUGAUCCCUGUUGGUUAUCUUCCUAAUCUGGGAAUUUAUAGAGUGCUAUGCACUGUGUGAGACUUGCUUUCCCUCUUUCCUUUCUAAAUCUGUAGCUGUCAUUGGCUUCUUAGUGUGUUUGGUCACAAAAAGCCCCUGAAUUAUGGCCCCAAAUUACCAUUUUGGCAAAUUUCUACAGGAAAUGUCAUAUUCCACAUCAGUAUUCACCCAUUGGCUUUACUAAUUAUUGAUGACAGUAGCGAGUAAAGGUCUAGUGCAGCGACAGAAGAGUGUGAAGACAUGGCAUAACCUAUGUAUGGUUUGGUAUUUCACAGCUGUAUUUGGAUAUAAACUGGGUACCUUUCAGUUUUGUUGCCUGAUGUGUCUUAAAAGAUAUUCCACUUAUUCUUCUAUCAGAACUUUUGAAAAAAAAAACGUGAGUUUUGACUUAGAAAUAAACGACCACAUUGUACUUGU